AACCCGGUUCAAACACAGAGAGAAAUUACUUUUAUUUGCUAAAACCCUGAAAGCGAACAGCUUAAGCCCUUCUAACGCCGCACCACUUUGAAGCAGCAGCCACACGCCGCCCCCAGCGGUUGUCAUACUGAUAGAAUCCAAUCAAUUUUUCAUCCUUUAGCAGUUUUUCUUUGUUUUCUUUCUAUAUAUUUUCCUCCUUCCAAUUAUAAAACUCACCAUUCUCAGUUAUCCCUCCUGCUGAAGUGCUUUCAUAGUGAAGGUACUUUCUCUCUGGGUUUUUGGUUACGCAAAUUCAUUUUGUUCUUGAUCCUUAAAUUUGUAAUUCAUUGAAAUUUUCCACUACUGCUAGUAUAAGGAAGUCGGCAUUGGAGCACCCAAAUUUCGAAACAAGCCCAUGACUAACAAUUCGAGAGUCUCAACUUGCAUCUUGUGAUUAAAUCUUUUCAUUUUUUGGUAGUGAUUCUGUAUUUCUUUUUCGUGCUCAAGUUGAUUAUCAAUGGCUGCAAGUUCUGGGAUUGAAUCCAAUAAUGGUGCUUCAAGCUCAAGAGAAGCUGAGCCCGAGACGCCCCAAAUUCCGCCUUUUAGAAUGCCCACUAUGGAAGAGAUUCGUGCCCAAGAAGUUUGGAACAAUUGUGCAGUUCGUAGUGUUGCAAGCGGAGUGAUGGGAGGUGGGCUUGGUUUGUUCAUGGGUCUGUUUCUAGGUGCUUUGGAUAAUCCAUUAAUGCAAGAAGAGAUGACUGGAAGGCAGCAGUUCAUUUAUACUGCAAAGCAAAUGGGGCGAAGAAGUUGGAGUUCUUGCAAGGCAUUUGCAGUUAUGGGUUUGAUUUUCUCAGCUGCUGAGUGCAUUGUUGAAAAGGCACGGGCAAAACAUGAUGUUACAAAUACAGUUGUUGCCGGGUGUGUAACUGGAGGUUCUAUGUCUGCGAGAGGUGGUCCAAAAGCAGCAUGUGUUGGUUGUGCUGGGUUUGCUGCAUUCUCAGUUUUGAUAGAGAAGUUCCUGGACAGACAUACUUGACAAACAUCCUGCAUUCCUGCUCCAGUUUUCCAGAUGCUAGUUUAUUCGAGUUCUGAUAAGACAAGUACUUAGCUUGCUAUGGAAUUUACAUUUUUUGCCUCAUCCUGUCAAUUUUUCACUCCAGUGAAAUUUGUCUUCAACUUUGUAAGGGGAAUCUCAUUGAUAUAAGAGUCUCAUGAUGCUAUAAGUUAUAAUAUUUUAGAUAUCUGGCUGGAUAUCCUGACACAAAUUUUACUUGAGAAAGUGACAUAAAUCAAGUAUAAGACUGUUAUCUGAUUUAUAUUAUUUUUGAAAGAUUCUUCUGGAGCUUGUGUCUGGCAAAUGUAAAGCAUGAACCGUUUCACAGGUGGUUAAUGACCAAGCUGAUGCCAUUCUUGUC